AUUCAACUUUUGCUUUAGCUUUCGUAGUAUUUUCGUCACGGGGCAAAGCGCACAGCUCACUCUCGCGAUUUCCCGGCGGGGAAUUGUCUAGUUUAUAUUACGACCGUACUUUAAUUGCAAACGCAGAUAAGUAGUUUUAAGAGUCCUCAUCGAGCGCAAUCCUGGGACGUCAUCGCUAUAUUUGGCUCCACCCUCCGCGUGCCAGUAAAAAGGGGACGAACUGCGUCAUGUUAGAUGAAGAACCGAAAACGACCGUUCGAGGCAGAUUCGUGUCCUGACUUCAUCUUCAAAACGCCAGAGAAGAGAGCGUCAGUGGACCAACUGCAGGACUCGGACUACAUGCGAUGGGGUGUGGACGAAACUUGCCAGUACCUGCGAAGAGAAAGUCUCGGAGAAUGGGAAGCAACAUUUAGAGCUCAAAAAAUGACAGGUAUCGGGCUGCGGUAUCUCAACGAUGCUGAACUGGAGAAGAUUGGCAUAGAGUGCCUUGGUGACCGUCUGCGUAUCCUGCACAGCCUCAGGAAGCUGUGGCAGAUACAAGCAGAUCCACAUAAGGUGUUUAAUGAUCCCAUCCACGGGCACUUGGAGUUACACCCCCUUCUUAUCAAAAUCAUCGACACGCCUCAGUUCCAGAGACUUAGAAACCUCAAGCAGCUCGGUGGGACCUACUAUGUUUUUCCUGGAGCAUCCCACAACCGCUUUGAGCACUGCAUCGGGGUGGGUCACUUGGCAGGAAGACUUGUCCAAGCUCUGAAUGAUAAGCAGCCAGAACUCCUCAUCUCUCGCAGAGACAUCCUGUGUGUUCAGAUAGCUGGGCUCUGCCAUGACCUGGGACAUGGCCCAUUCUCCCAUAUGUUUGAUGGGUUGUUCAUCCCCAAAGCACGUCCUGGACUUAAGUGGAAACAUGAGAUGGCCUCUCUAGCCAUGUUUGACUACCUGGUGAAUGACAAUGACCUGAAGCCGGUGAUGGAGCAGCACGGCCUGGUGCUGCCUGAAGACCUGGACUUCAUCAAGGAACAGAUUGCUGGACCCCUGGACACUAAUGCAGCUAAAGGCCAGAAGAAGCCUGGCUCCAGUUCUUGGCCCUAUAAAGGCCGCCCAGAAGACAAGUCCUUCCUUUAUGAAAUUGUAGCCAACAAAAGAAAUGGCAUUGACGUGGACAAGUGGGACUACUUUGCCAGGGACUGCUACCACCUGGGCAUCCAGAACAACUUUGAUUAUCGCCGCUUCCUGAAGUUUGCCAGGGUGUGCGAGGUGGACGGGCAGAAGCACAUCUGCACUAGAGACAAGGAGGUGGGCAAUCUGUAUGACAUGUUCCACACAAGGAACUGUCUUCACAAAAGAGCCUACCAGCACAAAGUGGGCAGCAUCAUAGAGAUGAUGAUCACAGAGGCCUUUUUAAAAGCAGACAAGCACAUCAAGAUUGAAGGCUCAGAAGGGAAGAUGUUCACUCUCUCUACAGCCAUAGAUGACAUGGUGGCCUACACCAAGCUGACAGAUCAAGUAUUCGAACAAAUACUGAACUCCUCCUCCGACGAGCUGGCUGAGGCAAGACGUCUUCUACGCAACAUCAUCUGUCGACGCCUCUACAAGUGUUUGGGCCAAACCCAGGCAGACAAACCCAUGACUGUCACCCAGGAGAAUCUUCGCACCUGGGAGGAAGAGUUGGCUCAGUGCAGCUUCGAUGGUGAUGAUGCCAGUCUGCAGCCAGAGGACUUUGUAACUAAUGUCAUAUAUAUGGACUAUGGGAUGAAGGAAAAGAACCCCAUCAACAAUGUGCAUUUCUAUUGUAAGGACGACCCAAACAAAGCAAUCCAGAUUCGGAAGAACCAGGUGUCCAAACUUCUUCCAGAGCAGUUUGCUGAGCAGCUGAUCAGGGUCUACUGCAAGAAGACUGAUCACAGGAGUUUGGAGGCAGCCAAGAAGCACUUUGUGAAGUGGUGCAUGGACAAGAACUUCUCAAAGCCUCAGGAUGGCGACAUAAUAGCCCCUGAGCUGACUCCUCUGAAAAAAAGCUGGUCAAACAACAACGACGGCGAGGAUGGUGGAGAAGGCAGUUCCGGAGAAGUAAAGUACUCUGCUUUAAAUGGACCAAAGAAAGCCAAGAAACUAGAUUUUUAAGCAAGGGAAAAAGUGGGGAUUAUCCCUCUGUUACACAUUUGGGAGAUGAGACAGGGUUGAGUGGUGAUUAUAUUUUUCUAAGAAGUGAGUGUGUUGAUGAGUACAGCGAAGAUUAAAAUCAUUGACUCUAUUGAAUCAAGUUUUACACCAAAAAGAAAUAAUUUCAAUAAAGAGGACUCAUGAUUGCAGGACAAGAUUCAGGGCCUUCUCUCAGGGUUUUUACAGACAUAGAUCCCACAUCAGUUUUAUAUACUUUUAGUUUAAUCAUUUUAAUCAGGUUUUCAUUUUGGACUCUCUUUUACAUUUGGAGCUGCACCCAAUUUUUGAUUUCAAUUUAUUGUUUGACACCAUGUGCUAUGCAACAGCUUCUACCCUGUUUUUGCAUCAUGAACAAUAAAUAAUGUUUACAAUGUUUUACUCUGAAUGUGCACAUAUUGCAGGUAGGUGUGUUUUUACAGCUGGUGAGUUUCAGGGUUUUCUUUUAUUCAGCUUAUAAGGGAAGUGCAUCAACUGGAGUAACUCUACAUAAAUAGAAAAACCCAAAGUUUCUGACAUUUAAAGUGGGCUUUUUUUAAAACUUGAAAUUUGAUUUGAUCUUCCUUUGAAUGUAUUUAUUUUAUUAUUUCUGGUGUGUUUUGUAAAACUUUAUUUAUUGUUGUAGCUCAGCUGGAACCGUGGGGGAGUUCUCACGUUUAUAGACCUGUGCAACAUUUUAAUGACAGUUAAAAUGUGUUGUAAAAGGUGUCCUCUCACCAAAAUAGAAAAAAGCAUGCCUCAUCAAACUUGCCUCACUUGUUUUGUUUUGCGUGGUUGUAUAGAAAUAUAUUUUUGAAAGAAUGUAAACAGAAGGCCACCAGCGGGUUUGAGCUUAUCCUGUACAUGCUUAUCCCACUGAGGGGGGUUGAAAACAGUUUGAAAAUAAAACUCUUUGUCUCA